AAAGGAAACACCAGCCUGGGCACGAAGCCAGACCAUAAUGUAGUACCAAGGAGAAGCGUGUGUGUGUGUGUGUGUGUGUGGAGAAAUGUACCAAGCAAGACAAAAACAUUGCUGGCUGCUUCUUAAUAAGCCUCGUUCAGAGCCGGCUUUUUAAUUGCUCGCCGGCCGCUGACAGCCCUCAAAACGAUGCAGGGCUGCAACACCAUCUCCAGAUUCCGGCUGUAUUGUGAAACUGCUGAGAGGGACACCAUCUUUGCCUUGUCUUCUGGCCAAGGAAAAUGCGGUGUGGCUGUGAUCCGGACCAGCGGUCCGGCUAGCCGCUUGGCUUUGCUGCGCCUUACAGGAGCAAAGGAACUCCCACCUCCAAGGACUGCCGCUUUGCGCAGGAUCCGUGGCCCACAGUCUGCUGAAACCCUGGAUCAUAGCCUUGUCAUCUGGUUUCCAGGGCCAGGGAGUUUCACGGGUGAGGACAGUGCCGAAUUCCAUGUCCACGGGGGACCAGCAGUGAUAACCGGUGUCUUGCAUGCUUUGGGGGCUCUUCCUCGCCUGCGUUUUGCCGAGCCUGGGGAGUUUACUAGACGGGCCUUCCAGAACGGCAAGCUGGACCUCACGGCAGCAGAAGGCCUGGGGGACCUAAUCCACGCAGAAACCGAAGGGCAGCGUCGGCAGGCCCUGCGCCAGAUGGACGGGGACCUGGGGCGGCUUUAUCAGCGCUGGAGUGACACCCUCACGAAGACCCUUGCCCAUGUGGAGGCUUACAUUGACUUCAGUGAAGAUGACAACAUCGAGGAGGGGGUCCUUUCCCAAGCGGAAGAUGCCGUGGAGAUCUUGGAGAAGGAGCUGCGUGCCCACCUGCAAGACAGCCGGCGUGGCGAAAGGCUGCGAGAGGGAGUCCAUGUUGUGAUUGCAGGACCCACCAACGCUGGGAAGAGCAGCCUUCUCAACCACUUGUCUCUCCAAGGACUUGGGCAGAGAAAGGCUUGGCUCGAGAUCCUUUCACUGGAGAUACUGGAUGUUUUGCAUGCGCUUUGGGGCCAGAAGCCAGCAGCCAUUGUUUCCCCUGUGGCAGGGACCACGCGGGACGUGGUAGAGGCAGCGCUGGACAUUGGCGGCUUCCCCGUGGUGCUGAGCGAUACGGCAGGGCUGCGGGACACCAGUGAUAUCGUGGAGAUGGAAGGAGUGACCCGGGCCCGCCAGAGGGUGCGUGGCGCUGACCUUGUCCUGGUUGUCCUGGAUGCGGCCGAAUUGGCCCGGCAACCCAGCCGACUGACCCUCGCCUUGCUGGAUAUCCUGCCGCCUGACGAGCCAGAGGGCUCCCGCCUGUGUCUUCUGGUGCUGAACAAGUCUGACCUCCUCGGGGAACAGGGCCGAGCAGAUCUCCUGGGCGUCUGUGCCAAACCGGGGCUCCCUCCUGCCUGCUUACUCUCCUGUAGAACAGGCGAAGGGAUCCCAGCCUUCCUGAGCGUGCUGAGGGGGCAGCUCUCCCACAUGUGCGGUGACCCCCUGACAGGCUCCCCCACCCCCACACAGGCCCGUCACCGGCUCAGCCUGACCAAAUGCCUGGAGGCCCUGGGACGCUUUGGCCAGUAUCGGGACGAGGAUCUGGCCCUGGCGGCUGAAGAGCUGAGACAGGCCCGGCGGCAGCUCGGGCAGCUCACAGGGCAGGUGGGUGCCGAAGAGAUCCUGGAGCUCAUUUUCAGGGACUUCUGCAUUGGAAAGUGAGCCGAGGCAAGAGCGGCCAGGUGGUGGCUGAGUGUGGCUCUGAAGCUGUCGUCUUUGGGGCCAUUGGGUGGACUUCCCAGUUUUCUGGAGCACCCAGGCAAGAGAAUACAGAACUCUACUUGUUGGGGGAUGGGAUGCUGCCCGCACGGGAAGGGUUUUGUAGAAGGCCAGCAGAAAUAUUAGGUUAGUCACACACACACACGCACACGCGCGUGCACGCACACACGGAAAACAGUCCCCUGCCCAGCCAAUAUCACAAACUUAGCUACAACAAACUGAUGUCCAGACAGUAACUUUUCAAGCUCAAGUUGUGUAGAGAAAAUUGGAAGAACCCUGAUUGGCUCUCCAAAAGAGCAGGCCUUGGUUUCAUGAUCUGAACAAUAAAGAAGCAUGGGCAACCGGAUCGCGGCGAAAAUGUGUUUGCUUCGGGUUGCAAACGAAGUGGGGCCUUUGACGAGAAGCAGGAAACGGUGGAGAAAAGGGCGUCCCAAGUGCUCCUAAGGGUUUGGAGAAACCUCUCUUACAAUCAGAGGCAAAAAAUAUUUGGAGUUUUUAGUUUAGACUAAAAGGCUGCUGAAAAUAAGGCCUGGCUUGCUGGUAUAUUUUUGUAAAAAUUGUUUUGUUUUAGUGUAGUAAUUUUCCUUGUUCUUGGAAAACAAAAACCUGUGUUAAUACAUUUUGUGUUUUGUUUUUAAAAGUGAAGGAAAGGAGGCAGGGAGUCCCCCCCCCCCCCAUGACACAAGAACUUAGGCAAAAGUUUUGCACUGGCCGGCAUGUAGAUUCAGAAUUGGUCUACCUCCAAAUACCAGCUCUUGGGAACAGUUCUUAGGCGAGGGCUGCUUAGGGGCUUCCCGGAGGCUUCUGGCCCAAACAAGAUUCUGUGCUAAAUGGCCCUGAUCUAUCAGAGCUCCUCUGCUGUUAGCUACAUCCCCUCCUAUUGUGGCAUUAUAGGAAGUGGGGAGAGAGUGUGGAGUCCUCCGGGGCUUUCCGCAGUGAUUUCAGAGCUGCCUUGUCCACUGAUUCCCACCUCGCCAGUCUGGGAGGCCCCAGACAGAUUCCCCCUCCUUUAUUUUUCCUCCACAGCCUGUCUGUGCAACAGAUCCCAGCUUGCAAUAGGAGCAAACAAAGCAUUUCCUGGACCCCAGGAGCCAAGGGGGAAAUUGAGGCAGGAAGUGUGUCUCUGGAGCUUUGCAGGCGGCUCUGGGCCCAUCCAGCAGCUCAAAGACUGAGCAGAGAAGCUGGCACUCCCUUGGGUGGGGCCGGAAAAGACCUCCAGAAGCAGCAGAGGCUAGGCUGCCUGUCCUGGUCCUCCCAAACCGACGGCCUUCCCUGUUAAGGCAGGAUUCAUAAGGACUUGGGUCUCCUUUUCUCAGAGGGGUCAUUUCAUAGUCAUAUUCUCAUAGCAGGAAUCUCGUGAGGCAGGAUGAAGUGACAGGUUUCAGAAUACCAGUAAAAUCUUAAUAAAUUUAGUGUGUCUCUUUUUUAAAAAAAACACAGAUUGGAGGGGGAGCAUUUUAAUUCACCACGUAAUUACAUUAUUGGCAAGCCACUUCUCAAAUUUUAAAGGACAAAGCAGUUUGAAGUGUUAAAAAGACAGCCCUCCAACUUUUACAUGGUCAUUUUCUAGCCCCCUUCCCCCAAAAUACCCAAGUCGUCUUUCUCUCUCAAUUUCUCCCUCCCUCCAUACUUAAUAAUAUUUGUGUACUGAUGUUUUUCUGAUCGUGCAUACUACUACAAUAAAUAUUUCUAUUCCGCUUUUCACCAAAA